CAUUCGAAGCAUAUAUUUGUGAUUUUAUUUUUCCAGAAAAUAAUGUGGUUUUUGUAAAUUUAUUUGCUUUAUUCUUGCAAACAUCGUAUAUUGAGAUGAAAGAAGAGGUUACUGCAAAGCGAGUUGCUGUUAUUGGUGGUGGUUUGGCUGGUGCUUUAAAUGCAGUCUACCUAGGCACUCGAGGGUACAAGGUGGACAUUUAUGAAUCAAAAAGAGACAUCCGAGUGUCAGAUAAAUACAAAGGUCGUAGUAUUAAUUUGGCUUUGUCAGCAAGAGGUCUUGCUGCCUUGGAAAAUGUUGGCCUAGACCAAAUGGUAAAAGAAAGCGGAAUUCCAAUGCCAGGACGUAUAAUUCACAGCAUAAAUGGAAAGACAUCAUUUAUACCUUAUGGAAAGAAAGGGCAGCAUCUGUUUUCAAUUUCAAGGAGUCAAUUGAAUAAAGAUCUCUUGACAGCUGCUGAGAACCUCCCUAGUGUGGAUUUUCAUUGUGAACACAAACUGGUUAAUUUGGAUAUAGAAAACACCAAAUUAAAUUUUAAAGUAUGUAAUGAUAUUGAUAAAGAAGUUGAUGCAGAUGUUGUAUUUGGAAAUGAUGGUGCUAAUUCAGUAGUGAGGAAAGAAAUUAUGAAACGAACCAGACUUAAUUACAGUCAGGAAUACAUUGAACAUGGCUAUAAAGAGCUUGCUAUGUUACCCAAGAAUGGGGAGUAUGCAAUGGAUCCAAAUGGUUUGCACAUUUGGCCAAGACAAACAUUUAUGAUGAUAGCUUUGCCAAACCAGGACAAGUCAUUCACAUGUACACUCUUUAUGCCUUUUGAGAUGUUUCAUAAAAUCAUUACCAAGGAAGAUGUCAUUGCUUUCUUUAAGAAGGAGUUUCCAGAUUCAAUUCCAUUAUAUGGCGAAGAACAUUUAAUCAACGAAUAUUUGACAAACGUUGUUGGCAGUAUGAUAUCAAUUAAGUGUGAUCCAUACCAUGUUGAAGAUAAAGUGAUAUUCUUUGGUGAUGCAGCUCAUGCUAUGGUUCCAUUCUAUGGCCAGGGAAUGAAUUGUGCAUUACAGGAUGCCAUGAUAUUUAAUGGUUUACUUGAUGAAUUUCAUGAUAACAUGGGACUGGCCAUGCAAGCAUUUUCAUCCUCAAGAAAUUUGGAUGCAAAAACAAUUUGUGAUUUCUCAAUGCAAAAUUAUAUUGAAAUGAGGUCAUUAGUCAACUCUCGUUUAUUUCUCGUGAGGAAACAUGUUGAUAAUUUCUUGCAUUGGUUGAUGCCCAGGACAUUUAUACCAAAGUAUACAAUGGUUGCAUUUACUAUCAUCCCUUAUCAUGAGAUCUUGGCCAGAACACUUUGGCAGAAUAAGGUUAUUGAUAGAAUAACACAAAUACUUGGAGUCUUGUUUGUUAGUCUUGGGUUUAUAAUAACACGUAAGAUAUAUCAUCGACUCAAAUAUUGUGGCCUGGGUUACAUCAUGAAUGAUGGAAUGGAAACCUCAAGUAAAGGGUCCGUGGCGAUUGUUGGGGCCGGAUUGGUUGGGGCAUUGAAUGCAAUUUAUCUUUCAAAGAGAGGAUACACUGUGAAUGUUUAUGAAGCACGAAAAGAUGUAAGAACACAAAAUUUUUUCGAAGGAAGAAGCAUCAAUUUGUCAUUGUCCACACGGGGGCUUGAGGCUUUAGAAGUAGCCGGCGUUUCAGGUCCGAUUUUGGAACAAAGUGUGGCGAUGUAUGGUAGAUAUAUUCACGAAGUAUCUGGCAAAACUAAAGUUAUGAUGUAUGGAAGCAAUGGAGAACGAUUACUCUCCAUUAACAGACGAAAAUUAAAUGAAUAUUUGCUUAUUAUUGCUGAAAGCCUUCCAAAUGUUAAUCUUCAUUUUGAACACAAGCUCACGUCAAUUCACCUCAACGAGGCGACCAUGACUUUUACAAGACCUAACCAGACAACUGUUGAAGUUCACAGUAAAGCAAUAAUUGGUAAUGAUGGAGCAUAUUCGCUUAUCAGAAGGGAGAUGUCAAAACAACCGUGGUACAAUUACAAACAAGAAUAUAUUGCUCAUGCUUACCAAGAACUGAACAUUCCUCCUAAAGAUGGCGAAUAUGCAAUGGAUCAUCGUUUUCUUCAUGUCUGGCCACGGGAUUCCUUUAUGUUGAUUGCCCUGCCAAAUAAGGACGGUUCAUUCACUUGUACUCUCAUUAUGCCUUGCAAAAUGUUUGAUGCUUUGAAGACUGAGGAUGAUCUUUUGACGUUUUUCAAGAAACAUUUUCAAGAUACAAUUCCUUUGAUGGGCGAAAAAAAACUGGUAGAAAAGUUUUUCUCCUUUCCUCCAUCUCCAAUGGUUUCAGUAAAGUGUAGUCCAUAUCACGUUGAGGACAAAGUGAUUAUAAUGGGUGACGCAGCACAUGCGAUGGUACCAUUUUACGGACAAGGAAUGAACUGUGCAUUUGAAGACAGCUUGAUUUUCAAUGACUUUUUGGAUAAGUACAAUGACAAUUUUGGCGAAGUAUUUGAACAGUUUACGUUGACCCGAUGUCCAGAUGCUCACGCUAUUUGUGAUUUGUCUUACUACAAUUAUCUUGAGAUGCGAGCCUUACUCAACUCUCGAAUUUUCUUCGCAAAGACAUUCUUGAUUAAGCUUCUGAACUGGCUGAUGCCUCGUACGUUCAUUCCUCUUUAUCACAUGGUCGCCUUUUCACGCACUCCAUACCAUAAAGUUGUGUCACAAUGGAAAUGGCAAGAUAAGAUUGUGGUGCGAUUAACUUGGAUAACGGCGACCGUUCCAUUGAUAGCAGCUGGCGUGAUGAUCUUGCGAAGAAGUUUGAGCAAAUGAUUUUGUAUUCGUACAUAUCAGCUUGUUAUAACGGCAUAAACUUACAACUUUCUGGCUUCGAGAUAAAUUUAUAAGGGCUGUAUAAUUGUAUUUUAUCUGCUGUUACGUGGCAUCUGAAAAUAUACCUUUUAU